AUGUCAGCAGAAACACCAAUCUCCCUGAAUAUGGACAUCCAGGAUCUGCAGGUCCAGACUGUCACUGUGGAGAAGCUGCUGGAGCCUUUGAUAAUCCAGGUUACUACACUUGUAAAUUGCCCACAGAAUCCUUCCAACAGGAAAAAGGGACGUUCAAAGAGAGCCAGAGUUCUCCUGGCUUCUGUGGAGGAAGCAACUUGGAAUCUGUUAGACAAGGGGGAGAAGAUCGCCAAGGAAGCAACAGCUUUAAAGGAAGAGCUAACUGCUGCACUCCAGGAAGUUCGCAAAGAGAGCAAUGCUCUGAAGGUAUCAGCGGAGAGAUUUACAGAUGACCCCUGUUACCUCCCAAAAAGGGAGGCUGUGGUUCAAGCCGCCCGUGCCUUGUUGGCAGCAGUUACAAGACUCCUUAUCCUUGCGGACAUGAUUGAUGUCAUGUGUCUCUUGCAGCAUGUGUCAUCUUUCCAAAGAACAUUUGAGUCUCUUAAAAAUGUUUCCAACAAAUCUGACCUGCAGAGGACCUACCAGAAGCUUGGGAAGGAGUUGGAAAAUCUGGAUUAUUUAGCCUUCAAACGUCAGCAGGACUUAAAAUCCCCAAGCCAGAGGGAUGAAAUUGCAGGGGCUCGGGCCACCUUGAAGGAGAACUCCCCGCUCUUGCAUUCAAUUUGUUCAGCUUGUUUGGAACAUUCCGAUGUUGCUUCGCUCAAAGCCAGUAAGGACACAGUCUGUGAGGAAAUUCAGAAUGCUCUUGAUGUCAUUUCAAAUGCUUCCCAAGGCAUCCAGAAUGUGCCCUCGCCUUCUGAGCCUCAGACAGCCACCCUGGGAGGCGCUCUUGAUGAGCUGCAGAAUUUAAUUGUCCUGAACCCGCUCACAGUGACAGAGGAAGAAAUAAGACCAUCACUAGAGAAACGCCUAGAAGCCAUCAUCAGUGGGGCUGCACUAUUGGCUGACUCUUCCAGCACCAGGGACUUGCACCGAGAACGGAUUAUCGCUGAGUGCAAUGCCAUCCGCCAGGCUCUCCAGGACCUGCUGUCUGAGUACAUGAACAAUACUGGAAAAACAGAAAAGAGUAAUACGCUGAAUGCCGCCAUAGACAACAUGAGCAAGAAGACAAGAGACCUCCGCAGACAGAUCCGCAAGGCUAUUAUAGAUCACAUAUCUGAUUCUUUCUUGGACACGACAGUUCCACUCCUGGUUCUCAUUGAAGCUGCUAAGAAUGGCCGAGAAAAGGAAAUCAAAGAAUAUGCUGCAAUAUUUCGUGAGCACACAGGCAGGCUUGUGGAGGUGGCAAACCUUGCUUGUUCCAUGUCAAUAAAUGAAGAUGGGAUUAAAAUCAUCAGAAUUGCGGCCAAUCACCUGAAAACCCUGUGUCCACAGAUCAUAAAUGCUGCACUUGCUUUGGCAUCAAGACCGAAGAGUCAAGUGGUCAAAAACACCAUGGAAAUGUAUAAGCGCACAUGGGAACAUUAUAUACAUGUUCUUACCGAAGCAGUGGAUGACAUCACCAGCAUUGAUGACUUUCUGGCUGUAUCUGAAAGCCACAUCCUGGAAGAUGUCAACAAAUGCAUUAUAGCCUUAAGGGACCAGGAUGCUGACAACUUAGACCGAGCUGCAGGUGCCAUUAGAGGAAGAGCUGCAAGAGUAGCUCACAUCGUCACAGGUGAAAUGGACAGUUACGAACCAGGCACUUACACCGAAAGUGUGAUGAAAAAUGUCAACUUCCUCACAAGCACUGUGAUCCCAGAGUUCGUGACACAAGUGAAUAUUGCCUUGGAUGCCUUAAGCAAGAACUCACUGACUGUGUUUGAUGAUAAUCAGUUUGUGGACAUCUCAAAGAAGAUCUAUGACACAAUCCAUGAUAUCAGAUGUUCAGUCAUGAUGAUUCGGACUCCAGAGGAACUAGAGGAUGUUUCUGACCUUGAAGAAGAUCACGAGGUCCGUAGCCACACCAGCAUACAGACAGAAGGAAAAACUGACAGAGCUAAGAUGACUCAACUGCCCGAGGCAGAAAGGGAGAAGAUUGCAGAGCAAGUAGCUGAUUUCAAGAAGGUGAAGAGCAAGCUGGAUGCUGAGAUCGAGAUCUGGGACGACACAAGCAAUGACAUCAUUGUUCUCGCCAAGAAGAUGUGCAUGAUCAUGAUGGAGAUGACAGACUUCACAAGGGGGAAAGGACCACUAAAGCAUACCACUGAUGUAAUCUAUGCAGCUAAGAUGAUAUCAGAGUCAGGAUCAAGGAUGGAUGUUCUCGCUCGGCAGAUUGCUAACCAGUGUCCAGAUCCACCGUGCAAACAGGACUUGCUGGCUUAUCUGGAACAGAUUAAAUUCUACUCCCACCAGCUGAAAAUCUGCAGCCAAGUUAAAGCUGAGAUCCAGAAUCUGGGGGGCGAGCUCAUCAUGUCAGCUACCUGGAGGAUGAUGCUCACUGCAAGGCAGGCAACUGUCUCGUCCACCCUUGACCAGCAAGAACGACGCAACACCGAGGAAUUGUCUUAUCACAGUUUAUUUGGGAACCUUGCUUUACAGGGAGUGGCCCUGGGUCCAGGAAGACCGGGCCUGAUAUAUCCUACAACUACCAACCACCUAACUCCAUGUGGCGCGCCAGGAUAG